CCCUGUGGACCCGUGGCUGCGAGUGUGCGUGUGUUUGUGGGGGUGGUGUUCCUACGAAUCUUCAGAGGGAUUAAAGUGUUUGUUCUCUAUAGAGAAGGACGGAAAUUCCAAGUUCGGAACGUGUGUUUUUGUGCAAAAGUGCCAAGCUUGAUCGGGGGAAAACGCAGCUUUCACAGCCCAGCCCGGUCCGGUUCAGCACGGGGAGAUAAGAUUUCCAUGGGCCGAUAAUUUAUGACCAUAUCACACUGGAAAAAAAAACCAACGACGCUAGCCGUGGACAGCCAAAAAUAGAAUCCCGGAAGCGGAAGAGUCUAUCGAAACGAGUUUAGCUUAAUACAAGUUUCAGAGGGGAAAAGUGCUUGACGGGGGCGGGUUUUGUGAAGUGAUUUGACCUUCGUCGUCGCCCAGGAGCGGGGGGAUAAAAUUAAGAAUGAGAUUUGGUUCCGGUGAUUUUUCCCAACAGCCCCGGUCGAGGGGGAAGAAGGAUGCAGCGACGGUGCUGGUGAAAGCGAGCGGCUCGCCAGUCGUGCUGGUGAUGAUUUAUUCCGAGUGAACGAGCCCGGCUCAGUUGGGAAUGGGAAGUGACCGGUUUGUGUUUCCGAAUUGAGGUAGUUUGUUUUUUUCAGUUCGUCGUCGAUUCGAGCGUGAAUGAGUGAGUAGGAGAGAAACACAGUGUGAAGCGGAAGUCAGAAAUUUCGAAAUAAAGUGUACACAAACGAGUGCAAGCGUAAAAAAUUGGCUGCCCAGAGGAACUGGCGCCGCAGCAACAGUGUGGGGUACAAGGGAAACAAGUGAAGUCGUGAAAAUUGCUUCGAAGAAAAAUGGCCACGACAUAUGGUCGACCUGGACAGAUCUCAAACCUGGUACAGCACCGGUCCGAACAGCAGCAGCACACCUCGGAGCGGACAAUGCGGGCCAUCGGUCGGGUCGGGCAGGCUGUCAACCUGGCCGUGGAACGGUUCGUGACGGUGGGCGAGACAAUUGCAGAUGACAAUCCAGAAAUCAAGCAGGACAUGUACGAUGCCUGCAAGGAGGCACGAGCAGCUGGCUCAUCGAUAGAGCGUUUAUGUGAUAUUGCGGCAACGGAUCCGGUGGGCUACUCGCCCCGGCCUAAUCCGAUUGACGACAGAGGACCGAUGAUACGGGCGGCCCGGACCCUGCUGAGCUCGGUGACGCGGGUCCUGCUGCUGGCCGAUAUCGUGGUCGUUAAACAGUUAUUAUUAGCCAAAGACAGGGUAGCUAGAAAUUUAAGUAGAUUAGAAUCAGUGGCCAAUUUUACAGAAUUCGUGAAAGCCUUCUCAGUAUUCGGCGCUGAGAUGGUAGAGCUGGCGCAUGUGACAGGCAACCGACAGAACGAUCUGAAGGACGAACGGCGGAGAGCGCAGAUGUCAUCUGCACGACAGGUGCUGGAACGUUCCACGAUGAUGCUGUUGACGUCAUCCAGGACAUGUAUAAGGCAUCAGGGAUGUCCUCACUCCAAGGAAAAUCGAGAUACCGUGUUUUGCCAAAUGCGACGAGCGAUGGAUCUGAUACACUACGUGGUGAAGGAUGGCAUUCUGGAAACGGCUAGCGAACGGAAUGCGUUACGACAAGUUCCCGAGUGGGACUCGGAACGGGCAACGGCCUUCACCUGUCUGCGUCAUUUUUCCCGUCUCAUCGAGAUGUCCCGACCGGACUACGAGCGGCGCAGUUCCGGCAGCAAAACGAGCUCUUCCAUGGCGGCAACCGUCGGGCCGCCUCCACUCGGUGCCAAAGAUUGCGUCUCGCCGACGACGGCGCAGCGCGAGAAGGAAACCGACAUCGAGUACCGGCGGGAGCUGACGCGGCGGAACAGCGAACGCGAUCGCGACAGAAAUUCCAUUGGUCAUUCCAGAGAGUAUAGUACUAGGGAACGCGAGUUUCCCAAAUAUGACAAUAAAGCUGAACUAGGGAUCUCAAUAUUUUCCUCGGACACCCGGGAGCAGCUGCUGGCCGCGCUCGAUAAGGUUUGUGAAAAAACUCAGGACUUUACGGAUUCGGCGUACACGACUCACGACUACCGGGAAAACAUCCUGCUGCUGUGCGACCGGGCCAAGCUGGAGCUGAACCAGCUGAUGCGAAUUGCCGUCAGCAUGGAGCAGUAUCCGAACGCAUCCUACGACAUCGAAGGUGCCAUCGAGAGCGUCCUGACGGCGGCGCACGACCUCACGACGCAGCUGACCCUGACCGCUCAGGACCAAUCGGCCGAACUGUCGCAUAUCAUCAAGGCCGGCAUCGACAUUGCCAACUCGCUCAGGAACAUUGCCUUAAAUCAGGAGAUCGACCGGUUACAGGAGUGCGCCGAUCGGUUUCACGAGCAUAUCGACCACAUACUGGAGGUGUGUAAACUGCUGCGGCAGAUAGCCCUCACGGAGUCCCUGCAGGUGCAGGCCAAAUUCACCGAAAUCAACGUACGGAUCUACGGGCCCCAGGUGAUCACGGCGGCACGGGCCUUGACGUCGCAUCCGGAGAGUAAACACGCCAAGGAUAACCUCGAGGUGUUUGUCGAUAUGUGGCAGUGGCUGUCGACGGACGUCACCACCAUCACCAAGGAGGUGAUCGACCUGGCGCAAUCAACGACCAAAUCCGACAAAACCACCGAGUAUCUUAGUCUUCCGAGACCUGGGAAACAUGGAACCACAUCGAAACCGCUGAAGCCAACGCGCCUGGAUUCGGAGGAGCAGGAAAAAAUUGCCAAAACGGGACUGGAGAUGAAGAUGGUCACCAACGAGAUGGACGCCGAGACGGACAAGUGGAACGGGGCGUCCGAGGAGAACAACGACAUCGUCAAGAGGGCGAAGAACAUGUCGGCGAUGGCCUUCUCGAUGUACCAGUUCACCAAGGGCGAGGGAACGCUCCGGACGACGCAGGACCUGUUCACCCAGGCCGAGUACUUCGCCGAAGAGGCCAACCGGCUGUACAAGGUGGUCCGCCAGUUCUCCUACCAGGUUCCGGCCGGGGCCCCGAAGAAGGAGCUACUCGAUCACCUGGACAAAGUGCCAACCUACGUGCAAACGCUGCAGUUUACCGUCAAGGAUCCGACCGUCGGCAAGGCCGCUACCUUCGUCAAGGUCGACCACGUCAUCCAGGAGACGAAGAACCUGAUGAAUGUGAUAUCGAAGGUGGUUUCGACCUGUUUCGACUGUGCAAAUAAGAUCUACGAACUGACCGGGAUGCCAUUCGACAACCGGUUGAUCAACAUCCCGACCGUCGCGACCCCCAUCGAACCGUCGACUUUUGGCAGAAAGUCCACCAAAGACAAGUAUAAGCUAGACUUUAGUGGCCUGGCCGGACGGGCAGCGAGCGGCGGCGCCCGGGACGAGGACGGUUCCUCGGGAAUGCAAGGCGACAGCAAGGGAUCCACGACCAGCACCGAGGCGAGCAUGUGACAGUACGGGAUGGCCCGCCGGGGCGUUAAAGGUGAUGCCCGGCGGACCAGAGUAUCUUUCCUGCUGUUUUAGAAUAAGCAUUAAACAUUGCAUAUGGCCGUAUUUAUCGAAUUUAUAUUCCGCGUUUGUGUAUGUUUGAUGAUUCUCGUUUAGGAGCAGAAAACCGGAUUCCAGUGAGCAAGAACCAAACUAAAAGAAGAAGAAGAAGAAAAUCAAAUCCUUACCAACCAAACGAAACCAAAAGAACCAAAUACUCAAGGUGAACAAGAGAUUCAAAGUUUGACCAAUCCAGUGAGAAUAACUCAAUUUCUAGAGCGACCAUCAAACCAACCGCAUACACAAAAAGAAACCACAUAAGAAAACACACACACGUCAGUCAUAAUUACGAGGAACAAAAAACCAGUGUUUGUUAAAAUAUGUGUAAUAUGAAAUCAUAAAUAUUGAAAUAUGAAUGUUUAGUGAAUCGAAACCCUAAAUCCUAAAAACAAAACAAACAAAAUCGAAAACUUGAGGAGAAUCCCCUGCUAAAACAAAUUCGCUAUUUGAAACAAAAUUCUACGCACCCCUGCCUUGCCCCCCCCCCUUCUAGAUACGCUGAAAUACACCAAGCACCACCGCUUUUAGUUCCAAGCAAAACCCGUGGUUGUACACGGCUACCCUGUGGACGCAAUAAAAUUUCCCUUAGUCGCUUACCUUUGCUAAUGUAAACAGUAUAGGAUAGAUUCGUUUCCGGUAGCUCAAUCCAGUUCUAGCAUUCUUUUCUCUGCCUCUCUUUCUCUCUCUCUCUCUCUCGCUUUCUCUUUCAACCACUCGCAUCACACAACUCUGGCAUCUUAGCUUAGAUUGCAAACGCUCUACAAAGGAUUUUAUUCUGAGGACAGCUAGGUGCUGUUGCGACACAAACAAUGAAAAUAAUUCAAAGGCUGGCCGGUGACAUUGGUGUGCUGAAGUGGAAAUUUCAACAGUUGGGGAAAAUGCCCCGAUUCGGUUGAUUUUGAGUUGGGCUAGGCAUUUUAGAAACUAAUCCAUUUCAAGACUGUGAGGUAAUAGUUAUACUACUAGACGUAGUGUUAAUCUACCAACAAUGACAUAUCGGCUCCGUAUAGCUUACACGAUUGAGCUUUCCAAAUAAAUUAAAUGAAAUUAAAAAAAAAACUAGAAGAGCUGCUUGACGGAAGGUCAAAAUAGCUCAGACCAAAAUCGCUGAAAAACUCAAAAGAAAGUCAACUGGUGCGUUUGGCCCCUGAAUUAGAUAAUUUUUAAACAAGGGUGGAACACACUUAAACUUUUUCGCCGAGAUUCCAACAGCCGAAUAGUUCUGCAAUUUAUUUGGCUGAGAUUCAGUAAAUCAAUUGCCGAGACUCAGCUAACAAAUAACAUUUUGAUGAGAUAUCAGCUAACAAACAGAUAUUUUGCAGAGAUAUUAGCAAAAGUAAAUGCCGAGGUAAUCGGCUGUUGGAGAUUUUACCGAGCUAUAUUAGGUGUGAUUUCUGGUCCACUGAUGUGUGAUGAAUAAAAAAUCUAAUACAGCUAUGAACCACAAGUGAUCCCACUGCCACUAAAAGUAACAUUAUGAGUGAGCCGCUUUUAUAAGGUUGCAGUGCUGAAUAGCUAUUUUUUUUAAAUUUAUAUGAUAUUCCCGUACAACUGAGUAAAAGUUACUCAUCCACUGAAUUAGUCUCAGUGACCGUGUAUUCAACAUCAGUAGUUUGCUAACGUUUUUAGGAGUCUGUCUGACUUCUUAAAUAUGUAAUGAUGCAUGUAGACGUUCUCAGAUGCCCUUACAGCAUGACCAGGCAUGGUAAAUCAUUUGCAUUCAUUUAAAUUCAUUUGUCCCUAACUUUUUUCAUCAACAGAGUUCCACAAAAUGAUGUAUGGAGUUUUUGUAGAUUUUGUUAUUAACUACAACUUUUUUCAACAAGUCAAAUCCGUAUCUCUUAUGCAUGACGAACCUGAGCGAACAGAAACCACUACUGUUUUUCAGUGAAUGUAUUUUACAUUCACUGAAAAACAGUAACAAGUUCUGCCUGCUCUAGUUCGUGAGUCAUAAGAGAUACAGAUUUGAGUUAUGGGCAGUUGUAGUUAAUAACAAAACCUACAAUAGCUCUAUACAUCAUUUUGCGGAAUGCUGUUGAUGAAAAAAGUUAGAGACAAAUGAAUGUAAAUGAUUUUCCAUGCCUGAGCAUGACUACACGGUCGUUUAAUCUCACUCAAAUUUGAGUUCCGUUUACUCAAAAUACGCAAGAAAACAACAGUCACUCAAAGACUGAGUAACAUUUUCCAAGAUUUUCCUCACAUGUAAACAGAUUUAUGUUCAAAUUUGAGUGACAUUUUUUCAUAUCCGGAGAGCUGCGAAAUUAGGGCGUAAUUACUUUUGUAAACAAACACGUUAAUCGUCGAUUUCUGGCAAAUGUCAGCUCAAUAUCAGAAAUUAACAACACAAACUGGUAAACGAAUGAUUCCUCUAUCAUUUUGUAAAGUUUGUUCGCAAGAUUGAGCUUUUAUUCGCGAGAAAUCGGCGAUUGACUUGUUUGUUUACGAAAGUUAUUACGUCCAAAUUUCAAAGUUCUCUGGAUAAAUAAUAAAAUCAUAGGCAAAUAUGAUGGUAUUGAAAUUUUUAUGCUCAUCCUAAAUAAUGAGAAAACCGAAAAAAUAAACAAAAUCGCGUAACAUUAAUGAGUGUAAACGGAUCUCAAAUUUGGAUGACAUUCAACGACCGUGCAGUAGUCAUCAUCACGACUGCACUUGUCGUUUGCUGUCAGUUCAAAAUGUCUUCUGAUGACUUGAGUGAAUUUUCGAUAAAAAGUUCUUUUAUCGUCUAAGUACAUACGACAACCGAUACGUAUU